UGUCAUAAAAAAAAUAUGCAUAAGUUUGUAUUUAGUUCUCAAGUUUAUUUCAUUAAUAUCGCUUUUAAUAUGCAAUAAACAUAAAAUUAUAACUUUUUACAAGAAAGUCGAAUCAACUUUCUCGUCAGUUAGACGACCAGAGAGAAGUAACUCAAAGCCAAAAUUACAAAAAACAAUUUUAAUUGCAAUCCCUAAUUCUGUGGAAUUUCGCAAUUAUGAAUCGAAUAAAUUAUACCGGAAAAUUAUCAUGUUACAAAACGUGAGCAAUUCUUCAGCCAGAUUUCAAUUAAUGGCAAGACCUAAUUAUUCUCAAUUCACUAUCAUGAUCGAACCUAAAACGCAAACAGGGAGUAUUUCUCCAGGGAUGCAUAGAAAAUUGAUUAUUUUCUUUCGUUGCGAUGUCUUGGAUGAACCUGAUGAAACGUUAAUAAUAAAUGUGCAACAAGGACGUUCGGUAAUUAUUAAAUUACGUGGGUAUCGAGAUCCACCAUUAUUGAGAGUGAUUAAUAUUCCCUAUUUCCAAUAUUCAUUAGAUAAACUGCAAACAAUGGUAAAAGACACGAAAUGGAUUAUAGAAAUUCCAUAUAGACAAAUGGAUUCUUACAAGGAGUUUACCGACACAGAUAAGAGUGCAUCAGAUACCUCUACAAAAAGUGUAAUGCGAUAUAGGAAAAUGAAGAGCUUUGACUGUGGGGAGUGUCUGGUAGGUGAACAAGUUACCUUGCCCCUGAUAAUUAAAAAUGUCGGCGGCGAGGGAAGAUUCUUCAUUAUGAGCGAAAUAGAUUGGUGUUCGAUGCACAUUGAGGAUGUUACUCACAAUAAUAUACUGAUUUUACCAUCUUUUGCUAUAUGGCCUGUGUAUUUUACCCUUAAACCACAAGAGCAUAUAUAUCUGUACCUCUACUUCUUCCCUGAUGCUCAUGGAAUGCAUGUGGAAACAUUAUAUACGAUUUGCAACAAUUGUUCCGUGGUAACGACAGAGAUCAUUGGAGAUGGAGUCAUGUACGAACAAUAGUAGAAAGAAAGAAUUCUAUGUACACAGACUCUACCAUUUGGCAUUCCAAUAACGCCAGGAGCAUAAACAUGAGAAC